GCAGUGACAAUAAGGAUUUGUGUUGUGACAACCACAGCUUCUGUAUUUGUUUUUAAAAACAAAACUGUAGCAAAAUUCGAUGAAAAUGGAUAAUAAUUAUUUAUAAAUCUGUGAAGCAUGGAAGGCCUUUUAGAAGGUGAAGACAAUUCAUUUUAUCCCAUGAGCUACAUGCGCUUCUUAAGAGCAGAAAAUGAGCCUUAUCAAUUCCAAGCAGGAAGGAAUGAAUACAACGGGCACAUUGAGAUUAAUGACAAUAUACUGGACAUGGAGACUAUUAUUACAAAUUUGCCUCCUAUAAAUGAAGACCAUAUGGCAUUUACGGAGACCGAAGAAAGGCCACGCUGCGUUAUUGUUGGUAAGGAAUUUGAAAGUGAAGAUGUAUGUGGUGCUGUAUUAUACCCACCAUUAGCAGAAGACAAAAACUUCUUAGCUGCCAAUGCAAAGACCCGAUAUAUACAAGUGGUUGAGCAUGAACCAAGUGCAAUCCUGUUUCGGGAUUUUUCAUCAGUUACCUCUAUACCUGGGACCAUAAUACACAACAUUUUAAACUCUGAAACCUUAGAGGAAAGCGACGUUUAUGAUGAAGACGAAGAAGAGGAGGCUGAUGAAAACGGCGAUGUCUUCACAGAUUUACCGCAGUAUCAGUCAAGGUUUCCUGGACUUAGAAGGAGUCAAUGUCAUCCAAUAAACCCAAAUGGCAACAUCAUUUUCAAUUUUGAGGAUGUUUGUCAACUACUCGGUAGUACUCAGAGUGAUGUCGCGCAAACAUUGAAUGAAGGUGAAAGAAACAAUCUCAUGGUAAAUUCAUCCAUGAAGGACAGAAGGUCGCCUGAACUCGAAGCCAAAGAAGCGUGUGAUUGGCUACGUGCAGCUGGAUUUCCUCAAUACUCUCAGCUUUAUGAAGAUUCCAAGUUCCCAAUUGAUAUCGCAUCUGUAAAACGGGACCAUGAUUUCCUCGACAGGGACCAUGUAGAACCACUUUGCAGGCGACUGAAGACCUUGAAUAAGUGUGCCUCAAUGAAACUCGAUGUCAGCUUCCAAAGGAAGAAGAGUGAAGAUUCAGAUGAAGAAGACCUUUGUGCCAUCAGUGACAAAUGGAGAUUCCAAAGACUCAGCCGUCAAUGGUCUCGGGUAGAUGACAUUGAUUCGCUGUUUGGGCGAUCGGAGAGACUCGGUUCAUCCGGGGAAAUGAAAAACACGACUAGCAGCGAGAGUGUCUUGACUGAUCUCAGUGAACCAGAAAUAUGUUCUAUCCACAGUGGAAGUAGUGGUGGGAGUGACUGCAGGUGUUCCUAUGUUGGCAAUAGUGCUUCCAGGGAGACAUUUGAGUGUGCGGACACAAUGUGUAUUCAUGAUUCCAAUUCAAUGACCAUAUUACCUCCAUGGCCAAAAGAUUGUCCAGAUGGUAAACUGAAUGGCAAGAACGAAAAGCCUGCACACACUAAAACAAAAACAUUUUUAAAAUGCAUGGGGACUCUUAGAUCUAAAGGAACUUAUGGUAAAUCUAAAGGCCUUCAAAGAACUGGAGCUAUAAUAAUUAGUGAGCCCAUUCUGCAACUGGAGCCUGACCCACUUAAAACUAAUACGCAACUGGAUCCCGACCCUCUUAAAACAAUGAGCUGUGUUGGCAAUGGCCAAGUGAAAGACUCCGCUAUGAACUUUACAACAACUGGAAUUCUAGAUUCAGUAUCUGAAAUUAAAGCCUGCACUGAGAGCACUUCUUUCUUAGAAGAAAUUCCAGCUCCUGAGUCCAACAAGCGAGGAGGUAUGUAUCUAGAGGACAUUGACGUCUUUACAGAUUUGGGGACAUCAAAAGCUGGUCAUAAUCACAACCAUAAUUUCCAUUCACAAGAAGACCUGGUUGUACAUAUUCCAAAGGACCACAAGCCUGGAACCUUUCCAAAAGCACUUUCUAUUGAAAGCCUUUCUCCGAUAGAGAGUUUCUAUGGUGUCAACUGGCGGAGUGCAGGUAUUUCUCUUAGCAGGCAAAAAGGUAUUCGUGCUAAGGAACCAAGAAUUAUGUCUUCAAGGUGCUCCAGAGGUAGCAGACUUAGUGUUUAUGAUAAUGUGCCCGGAUCUCAUUUGUAUGCCAGCACUGGGGAUCUCAUGGAUUUAGAAAGAGAUGAUUUAUUUCCUCAUUUAGAUGAUGUCUUGCAGCACAUUAAUGGACUUCAACAGUCUGUAUACCACUGGUCAAAAGACAUAAUGCCAGACCUUCAAGAUGACAAUUUGUCGGUUGGGGAGUCUGGAACCUCAACUUUUCAUUCACCUAACCCAAUGAGCUUGGACUUUGAAGGCAAUUCUAUUUCUGAUGGUAGGACUACCCCAAGUGACAUGGAGAGAGAUGCUGCUUCGCUUAAUGAAUCUGAUACUACUGGAACCAGAGAGAGAAGGGAUUCUGGGGUUGGAGCCUCACUUACAAGAACAAACAGGCGUCUACGGUGGAGCAGUUUUCAUAUCUCCCAUCAGCAAAGUGGCUCAGUGGCAUCACUUCAGAUUAGCAAUCAGUCAGCAGGUCAGCUCAAUCUGCUGCAGAAAUUCUCUUUGCUACGCCUGACGGCUAUCAUGGAGAGAUAUUCACUGUCAAACAAGCACGGAUGGACAUGGUCUGUGCCAAAGUUUAUGAAGAGGAUGAAGGGGCCGGAUUACAAGGAUAAGAAUAUUUUUGGUGUGCCUUUGAUGGUUCAUGUGCAGAGAACUGGGCAGCCUCUACCCCAGAACAUCCAGCAAGCGUUACGUUUCCUCCGCGGUCACUGCCUCGAUCAGGUUGGUUUGUUUAGAAAGUCGGGCGUUAAAUCUCGAAUCCAGGCUCUACGCCAGAUGAACGAAACAUCGCCAGAGAAUGUAAACUAUGAAGAUCAGUGCGCCUACGACGUGGCAGAUAUGAUCAAACAGUUCUUCAGAGAUCUCCCCGAACCUCUUCUCACCAGUAAAUUAGGGGAGACCUUUCUCCAUAUUUACCAGUAUGUCCCGAAAGACCAGAGGCUCCAGGCUGUGCAGUCGGCUAUCAUGCUGAUGUCUGAUGAAAACCGUGAGGUCCUACAAACCCUGCUGUGCUUCCUCAGUGAUGUCACCUCGGUGGAAGAGAAUCAGAUGACCCCGAUGAAUCUAGCUGUAUGUUUGGCACCAUCUCUCUUCCAUCUCAAUUUAUUGAAGAAGGACAACUCCCCAAGAGCAAUACAGAAAAAAUAUGCAACAGGGAGACCUGAUCAGAAGGACCUAAAUGAAAAUUUUGCAGCUACACAGGGUCUGGCACACAUGAUCAUGGAGUGCAACAGGUUAUUUGAGAUUCCACAUAAAGUCAUAGCCCAGUCUUCCAAUUCCUAUGUAGAAGCCAAUGUGCAUGUCCAAACAAUGGAGGAACUAGGAAAGCAACUGGAAGAGGAAGGAGGCAAUGUGAGCACGUACUUUGAGAGUACAAUUCAGGGCCUUCAGAAGGAAGCUAAGGAGAAGUUUAAGGGAUGGAUUUCCCUCUCCAGCGCAGAGAACACUGACCUUGCUUACAAAAAGGUUGGGGAUGGAAAUCCUUUGAGAUCGUGGAAGGUGUCAGUGGAAGUGGAGGCUCCACCAUCUGUGGUUCUCAAUCACAUUUUAAGAGAACGACAGCUCUGGGAUGAUGACUUCUUGCAGUCGAAAGUGGUAGAGACUUUAGAUAACCAAACAGAGGUGUACCAGUACGUGUUGAACUGCAUGGCUCCACACCCUUCCAGAGACUUUGUCGUUUUAAGGUCCUGGAGAACAGACUUGCCAAAAGGAAUCUGCGCUCUGGCAGCCGUAUCAGUAGAGCACGAUGAGGCCAAUCUCAUAGGAGGAGUGAGAGCAGCAGUUCUGGAUACUCGGUUCUUGAUUGAACCCUGUGGCUCUGGCAAAUCAAAGCUGACACAUAUCUGCAGAGUUGAUCUCAAAGGCCAUUCUCCUGAGUGGUACAAUAAAUGUUUCGGACAUCUCUGUGCGUCGGAGGCUUUAAGGAUCCGAAAUUCUUUCCAGCCAAUUUCCACGGAAGGCCCUGAAACCAAAAUCUGAGAAAUAUUAUUACAUCAGUGGUCGAAAAUGAAAUGCUGUGAAUUGCAGGCAACUUCAGCCAAUGCCCACUGACUAUAGAGGGAUGCUGGGAUAUGUAGCAUAAAGGCAGCUGGAGGAGUUUAGGUGCCAUGUUCCUGCUGUAUUCCAGCAAAUUAUGGACUUUGUCUGUAUUCAUUCCCUCAGACAUUCCUCAGUCACAUCAUAAUUAAUAUUAUGUGUUUUAAUUUAAAAUUGUACAAAAGGUGUAAAUAUCUGUGUAUAGCGUAUUGGAAGAGGAUUACAUAUGUAUCACAUAUAUGUAAAUGAAUAUAAAGUAUAUAAUUUAAUGCUUUCUACGGAAGCUGUGAUAUUAACAUUAUUAUUUUUAAAAAUAUGAAUAUUUGAUUCUGAUAAGGCUCACCUUGUUUCUGUAUAUGUACAAGUGCUUCUUGGUCUUACCACCAGUAUUAUAUCAGUAUAAGGGAAACUGUGGUUUAUUAGAUCUGUGUAUAGAUAUAUAUAUUAUGGAAGUAAUAUUUUGUUCUUCUCAUCUGUGAUGCACUGCGACCUUAAAAAGGUACCUUGUAAAUAAAGAGUAUUUUUUUCA